CACAGUCUUUUUCUUCUCAGAGAGAAGUAUUGCAGCCGACCCAAAUGAAUAAUUCUAGGGCUGGGUCUAUUCUAAUGGCAAAGAACACAGAGCCAAUUGAUUAUGAGUUUACAGUCAAGGUGCCCACCAUGACUUUAUCUUCAUCUUGUGAAGUGAGCCAUAAAAUGAAGCUUAGGUUCCAUACCCAGAGCAAUAUUCAUGAUGUUAUCUUGGAAGCUGAUGAAAUAAACCCAACUCCUGAGAUUGGAACCGAGAUAGUAUUCUAUUCAAAGGUUAAAAUUCAUACUAUCAUGAGUUUUGAGAAUAAAAUUCCUCAAGAAAAGAUUGUUACUAUUACUCUUCAGGAUUAUUCAAAGAAAGAUCCAACAGACAUAUGCCAAACAAAGUAUAAUCUGGCUGAAGCUAUCAUUGAAUGAAUGCAGGAUAGAAUCUCAACAGUGGUUGAAGAUCUUGAAUUUGUUAAAAAUAUGGGGCUGAUCAGUAUACACAUCACUCCAAAGAAGUUAGGGUUGAGAGAUAAGGUGAAUAUCUCACUUUCUAAGCCACCAGCUCAUACACCAAUUAGCAAAAUGCCCACUUCACCUCAUAAGACUCCUAAUAGAGUAUUUCAGGAUGAGAAUAAUUGAGAGCCAGACCUCUUCGCUCAGAAUAAUGUGAGAGAAGAGAAUAGUAAUGAUUCUAAACAAGACUGGAAUGAUGUGAGCUUCUGCCGCCCAGAAGGUGAAUGCUCAGAAGAAGAGGUUAAUGAAGGCCAAUGACAUUACAAAACUGAUAGAAAGAAGAGGUCUAGUAGCCAAAUCACUAUUAAGAAACCUCAAGGGAUGGGCAGAAUUAAACCGAAUAACAGACCAAGCGAGUUUAUAAAGAGAAACGAAUUUGAUUUAAGUAAUAAAAAUGACCCUCUUGAGAGGAAGGGUGGUGCCACGAUAAGAAGUGUAAUCGAGGAAUCGUUCGGCAAAAUUAGUGGAUCAGACACCCUCUCACAUGCUUUUGAUAACAGCAUAUUUACAACUACUAAGAAGAAGGACAAGAAGCAAAAAGGGAAAAAUAUUAAAGAUCGUUACAUCAGAAAUAGAAACCUUGAUAAUGGAAAGAAGACUCCUACUGACUACUUAUUCCAAGAGCCUGCUAGGAACUUAUACAAAGAUCUGAAUGAAGCUGAUAGAAUAAACAAAUUGGGUUGCUCAGCUUCAGAAUCAUGAAUUUCUGCAUCUGAUCACUCAAUGAUUAGCAGUGUCUCUUCAGUACCUAACUUCUGAGAGAAGGACAUAGUGAAAAAUGACACUGAGAAAUUAGAAUUUAUUAAUAAGUACCAGCAAGCAAAAGAAAGGGAAAAGAAAUACAGAAAGGAGCUAAAGGUCUUAAAGCUUGAAAAGAAGCAGCUCUUGAUCAAGAAUGAGGAUGUAGACCAGCAUUUACAAGAUGAAUCCCAUAAAAUCAUUGAGAAGGCUAUGGUGAAAAUUCAAGAUAAAAUAGACAAAUCAGGUGGUAAACCCAAGAUGAACAAGCUUUUAUCAAAGGUGUUGAUAAUCCCCUUGCUCAAGCUCUGAAUGGCUGAGGAGGAUAAGACCACUAUGCUGGCAGAUCUUAUAAGAAAUGGCCAGAAUGAUGGAACUGCUUCAGCUCUGUCUCUAACCCCAACAAAAUCAGUUAGGAGUACGAAAGAGAGUGGAAAAUCAAAGAACGAUAUCGAGAAACUUCAAAAGAAAAUCAAGCAGCUUGAGACUGAAAACAAGGCACUAAGGUUUGAUGCAACAGAAAGCUCCAGACUCUUUGAAGAGCAGACUAGUAGUCUUGCAGAUGAGCGUAAAUAAAGUUAAGAAAGUCCAAAAACAAUUAGAUUCUAUCAAUCAAGAAGAUAAGAAAGAGAAGGAAGGAAUCAAUUCCAAAAUUAGUAAUUACAAAACAAGGAUUUUCUUCUUAGAAUCUCAGGUUGAAGAACUUGAGAAGAAGAACAAACAAUUUGAGACCAUUAGAAAGCAAGACAAGUUGCAAGGUAAAGACCAGAUCUCAAAAGUCAUUGAAGAAAAAGAAGCUGUUGAGAAGAAACUUCAUAAUCUCAGAGAGAAGUUUGAAGAUCUUUUAGAUAACGAAAGUUCCUUAAAAGAAGAGAUGAAGUCCAAAGAUGAUUCUAUAUCGCAUCUUAACAUUAAGAUCCAAGACCUUGAGACUAAGUUAGUCGAGCUGAAGACUGAACUGGCUGAUAAAAUGUAUGAACUUGAGAUGCGUUAACUAAUACUUAAUUGUAUGAUACCUAAUUAACCCAAUUUUCU